AUGAAUAAAGAUUAUGAUAAGCUUUUAUGCUUUAAUUUUAACCAAGAUUUCAGUUGUCUAAGUAUUGGAACAAAGUAUGGAUAUAGAAUUUAUACAUGUGAUCCUUUUAGAAAAUGCUACAGUAAAUUUAAAGGAAUUAUGGAAAUGCUUUUUUGUACCUCUUUAGUCGCAUUAGUGGGUAUGGGUGGUCAUCCAAGUAUGUCACCCAGACGAUUACAAAUUUUCAAUACUAAACGUCAAUCUAUUAUAUGUGAACUCACGUUUCCAACGCUAGUUUUAUCGAUUAAGUUAAAUCGGCGUCGGUUAAUUGUUGUUCUUGAAGAACAAAUUUAUAUUUAUGAUAUUAGCAAUAUGAAACUUCUUCAUACGAUUGAAACUUCACCAAAUCCGUCUGCUGUUUGUUCAUUAUCAUACUCUUCAGAAAACUGUUAUAUUGCUUAUCCUUUACCGAAUUUAUUAUCAUCAGGACUCCAUACUUCGACAUACAGAUUAAAGAUGAGUCACUCAAAGUCCUCAGUUUUGAGUGGAGAUGUUCUUCUUUUUGAUGCAUUAACUUUACAACCGAUAAAUAUUGUUAAAGCACAUAAAUCUCCUUUGGCAUUUAUAUCUUUAAAUAACAGUGGUACGUUGUUAGCUACGUCUUCUGAUAGGGGCACUGUUAUACGAAUUUUUUCUAUACCAUGUGGUACGAAGCUUUAUGAAUUUAGAAGAGGAACUUCUCUAGCAAAAAUAUAUAGUAUAAAUUUUAGUUUAACUUCUAAUUUUCUUUGUGUUACAUCUAAUACAGAAACGGUACAUAUAUAUAAGCUUUUUCCUGAUGAAAUUAAUAAAGGGAAACGGAGUUAUAAUAUGCCAUCUUUAUCAAAAUCAUGUGAAUCUUUAGAAAAAAAACGGUCGAUUAUAAAAAGAAGCUUUAGAAGAUCAUCUUAUUUUAUUAGAAGAAAUUUUAUAACUACUAUAGAAAAUUAUUUGCCUACUACAUUGACAGAAAUCUGGGAGCCUACUAGAAAUUUCGCUUAUGCAAAAAUUCCUGGUCAUCAAACUAAAAAUAUAGCAGCAUUUAACAGUUCUUCACAACUUAUGGUUAUUACUUCUGAAGGACAAUUAUAUUAUUAUGAUAUUAGCUUGGAAAAUGGAGGAGAAUGCGUUCUUUUAAAGCAAUACUCACUUCUUAAUUUAUCCGAGGAAACAGAUUAA